UUGUGUAAACAUGCAUGUAGCUGUAACUACUGUUUCAUUCGAAGGAAUUUACUGACGUGUCACACAAUGAACGAAGAGUGAAGCUAUAAAAUCGAACUGAUUAUCCAGUAGUAUGAAAAGGUGAAUAAUGGUACAAGUUCAUGAAAUAUUACAGGGAAUAGAAAAUAGUUUGGAGUCACAAGAAUUAGUCGAAUAAAUCUACAAGUGUAAUUCCGACAUAAAUGAGCAAAAUCAAAACGGAGAUACGCUACUUCACCGUGCAAUAGCCACUGAUGCCGAUGUAGCCAUUAUUCGGGCAUUGUUAGAAAAAGGUGCACAUGUGAAUGUUGACAACAAUCGUCACCAAACACCGUUAGAAUGUUUGAAUCAUGAAUCAUGGCAGACCGGGGUCAAUUAACUAAAGUUGGAAAAGCAUUUUGAUUUUACCGAUAUAAAUGGCUGUAAAUUGCUACACCGUCUGCUGGACAAUACGUGGGGUUUUAUAAAAACGUAUGAAGUUCAAGAUCAGACAAAAUGUGAAUGUUGUAUUGAUAGUUUCUGGGAAAGGAUUUUGAACGAUUUAGAGGAUUUCAACUUUGAUCUUAACUGUCAAGACAACGAUGGAAAAACUCCGCUUCAUGUUGCAGCAAAUCGACCUUUCUACCAAGCAUUUGGAUGCUCUACUAACAAACUUCAAAGAUAUUGAUCCUUUUCUAGUAAAUUAUAGAGGGGAAACGUUCCUGCAUGUGUAUUUAUAUCAGUACAGCACACAUGGAGGUACGGACCUGGACAGACGUCUAUUAAGUGGCGAGAUUCCUGCUAUUUCUAAGCAAACUUUAGAAAAACUUCUCAAUUGUCAGAAUAAUAAGAUGAAUUCGCCCUUCCAUAUGUUUAUAAGAGAAUGGAUAAAUGAUGUCAAUGAAACAACUUUGGAAAAAUUUGUAGAGGCUGGUGCUAAUGUUAAUUUUUGCAAUAUUCAUGGAGAAACCCCUCUUCAUUGUUUGUUUCGGAAAAAAAUCGAUACUUUUGAAGAUGAUAAUCAGAUUAUUGGUGAAGAAGAGAGAAAUAAACUGCAAGAAAGCAUCAAAAUUCUUGUCAGAAAAGGAGCAGAUGUUAACACCAAAAACAAAGAAGGAGAGUCCCCGUUAUUUCUUGCUAACCACGUGGAAUCAGUGAACGCAUUACUGGACAUGGGAGCCGAAAUAAAUUUGCCAAAUAAUUUAAAACAGACCCCUCUGCUUGUUUCAAUACGAAAGUCAAGAGAAAACAUUGAUCUCGUUAACGUUCUGUUAUACAGAGGAGCCGCUGUGAAUGCCAUUGACAUUCAUGGUAGUAAUAUACUGCAUUAUAUUGCUUGGUACGGAGUGAAUGCAGAUGUCUUAGAUAUUGUAACCGCCUAUGGUGUUAACGUUGUGGCCGAUAAUCUUGGACAACUUCCUUGUCUUGUUGCUUAUCAACGUGGACAUGAUAUAUUUGACAGACUGUGCAAGUGUGGCCAUAAUGGCCACUGUAACGGAAAACAAUUUGUUUUGAAAAAAGAAUCAAUUGAAUUUUCUGAUCUCGAAGACAAGUCAACACGCAUCAGCAGUAUUUGCCAUCGCUUUCACACCCUUUGUGAAUACCCAGUAUCGGAACUUCUACUCCUUCCUAGUUUUGGACAAGUGGUGUUCGAGGAGGAAGCCAAAUUAGUAAAAGAGGUGGUCACUGACCUAGUAACAGAUAUUUGUGAGAAAAUCAAAGAGAGUAACGAGAUGUUGUCAUCUAUCUUGAUGGAUUCUGGGAGUGUAGGAGAAAACACUAGAGUGGGGUUACCAGACGAGUUUGAUUUCAUUUUUAUAUUGGAUAAAUUUGGGGAUAUCUGUUAUAUAGAUGAGCAGAAAUCUGUGUGUGAUGUUGGAUAUGCUUAUAUGAAGGUGAAGGAUGAAUUCAGAAACGGGAAACACAAGGGAUUUUUCGAUAGGGACGGAUAUCUAGACACAUUUAAGAUUCGGUCAGAAAUCCAGGCUGUUCCCGCAGACUUGUUUACGAAACGGGACAUCUUUAAUCAUCCGAAUAUUUCAUUUCUUCGGGAUCAUUAUAAAAGUGGAGAGUGUCCAACGUGUAAUUUUACAAUUCGAUGGGUUGGUUGUAUGUACAAAGAUAUGAAGAUAGACAUAGAUUUAGUCCCAGCCUGUCAGAUUAAAGGCUGGUGGCCAGACAACUGUAAACUGGACCUGCUGUCUUGUGACGUUAAAACUAUUAAGAGGGAAGGGGCGUUACUGAUGCUGCAAACAGCUUUAGUUGAAGAAUAUCAGCCUCACUCUAAACAGCGUAUCUCAGCUCUAUGUGCAGAGAAGAGUCAAAUGCUAAAUCUUCCAAAGCUCGCUAAUGAUGCGUACAUCAUCUCUAAAAUCCUUUGUAGUAAUAGGAUUUGUCCUUCUUUGCGACUAACGCGAGAAAAUAUAGAAGCAAAAGAUGUCCUGACAAGCUAUAUGUUGAAGAAUUGUCUGUUUCACGUUGUAAAUACCCUUAACUGCCAAGACAAUCAAAUGUUUCAAACUGACAGCAGCUUGAAUUACAAACAAAACGUACAUGAAUUCGUAUUGAGAAUUUUCCAUAAACUACUUGAAUUUUCUCGUAAAGGAACGUUACCUUCCUUUGUAUUUCCUUGGCAAAAUGUGUUCACUUUCAACUCAGAAGUUUACCUAGCACGUUCUGCAAACCAUCUUUAUAAAAACACGCUUCGGUGUACCUUUGCCAAAGAAAUAUUACAAAUCCUCGGAGAGGAAGAAGAUUACAGAGAUAUAAAUACUGAUGUAUUGUUUGGUCGAUAUGUUUCGUCAUCGUGUUCUUCAUCAGAAAUGAGUUACGAGGGGGAUACAACUUAAAGAGACUUAAGGAACUUUAGAUAUGAAACUUAAUAAAAGUUAAAGGUAUUGAGAAGUAGAAGCUUACAAGUAAAACUUCUCUGUAGCAUUUAUUGAUUAGAUCGGUAUCAUUUAGCUUAUUAUAUUACAUAAAAUUUAUAUACGUA